UGGGUAUAAAUGGCUGUGAGGACCCAGCUGAGGCACGGCACUCCUCUUGGCUCGUCAUGAAGUGUUGGGUGGUAGCAGCUUUAGUGGUGGCAGCGGUGGGAUCACCGCUUCCAGACGAUUGUGUACAUGAAGUCAUUACAUACAGUGGAACGGUGCCCGUUGGGUCACCACAUGCAGCAUACUAUGUAGCAGUCCCCGCCAUUCAUCAUGCUGCAGCAUUCCCAGCUCACCAUUACCAGUCAACAUAUGGAGUUGGUAGCAAACCAGCUAUUGUAUCCUAUGCUGCAGCUCCUGUAACAGGACUAUCUCAACCUGUUAAACAAACCCCAGAGGUAGAGAGGGCUACUGCAGCCUUCAUGGCUGCUUGGAAUACAGCUGCAGCACAAGCAACUCAUAUUCAACAAACCCUGGUCAAAACUUCACCCUCUGGUGCCUAUUCAAUUGAAGUUCCCAGGCAAGUACAAGCAACAGAAGAGGUUAAGAGAGCAACAGCUGAAUUUAUGAAAGCAUGGAAUGCAGCUGCAAGACGUGCACCUGUUGUUCAACAAGCUGUUUCAUAUAUGCCAGAGCAUCAACAGCAAUCUGCUGACGUCAAAGCAGCCACUACUAGAUUUAUGGCUGCCUGGGAAGCUGCUGCUCAACGAGCUUCAACUCUUAGGCAGGCAGUGACUUACUCUGCUGUUCCCCAACAGGUAGAGGCUACUGAUGAAGUCAAAAGAGCAACAGAAGAAUUCAUGGAAGCUUGGAGAGAAGCCGCAUCAAGAGUUCCUACCAUUCAGACCACCCUAUACCAGGUUACAGGUACUACACCAUCCUCUGCCGUCCCAGUAAUUGUUGGUGGUGUUCCCCAGUUCACUCCCGAAGUUGCUCACGCCACAGCCGAAUUCACGAAGGUUUGGAAUGCUGCUGCUGCAGCUGCUGCAGCAGCUCCUGAUGUCAACAUCAUUAUGGGAGCCACAUCACACCCACAGGCACAUGCUUCUGUAUCAUAUGCUGUAGCUCCUAUACAACAUGUACAUUACCAAGCACCAGCAGCUGUGUCUUAUGCAGCUUCCCCUUCACACGGGGUACCUCAACCUGUUAAACCAACCCCAGAAGUAGAGAGGGCUACUGCAGCAUUCAUGGCUGCUUGGAAUAGAGCUGCUGCACAGGCAACUCACAUUCAACAAACCCUGGUCAAAACCUCACCCUCUGGUGCCUAUUCAAUUGAAAUUCCCAAGCAAGUACAAGCAACAGAAGAGGUUGAGAGAGCAACAGCUGAAUUUAUGAGAGCAUGGAAUGCAGCUGCAAGACGUGCACCUGUUGUUCAACAAGCUGUUUCAUAUAUGCCACAGCAACAACAGCAAACUGCUGACGUCCAAGCAGCAACUGCUAGUUUUAUGGCUGCCUGGGAAGCUGCUGCUCAACGAGCUUCAACUCUUAGACAGGCAGUGACUUACUCUGCUGUUCCCCAACAGGUAGAGGCUACUGAUGAAGUCAAAAGAGCAACAGAAGAAUUCAUGGAAGCUUGGAGAGAAGCCGCAUCACGAGUUCCUACCAUUCAGACCACCCUAUACCAGGUUACAGGUACUACACCAUCCUCUGCCGUCCCAGUAAUUGUUGGUGGUGUUCCCCAGUUCACUCCCGAAGUUGCUCACGCCACAGCCGAAUUCACGAAGGCUUGGAAUGCUGCUGCUGCAGCUGCUGCAGCAGCCCCUGAUGUCAACAUCAUUAUGGGAGCCAGUUCACACCCACAGGCACAUGCUUCUGUAUCUUAUGCUGCAGCUCCUGUACAGCAUGGACAUUACCAAGCGCCAGCAGCUGUGUCUUAUGCAGCUGUCCCUUCACACGGGGUACCUCAGCCUGUUAAACCAACCCCAGAAGUAGAGAGGGCUACUGCAGCAUUCAUGGCUGCUUGGAAUAGAGCUGCUGCACAGGCAACUCACAUUCAACAAACCCUGGUUAAAACCUCACCCUCUGGUGCCUAUUCAAUUGAAAUUCCCAGGCAAGUACAAGCAACAGAAGAGGUUAGGAGAGCAACCGCUGAAUUUAUGGAAGCAUGGAAUGCAGCUGCAAGACGUGCACCUGUUGUUCAACAAGCUGUUUCAUAUGUGCCACAGCAGGUACAACAAACUGCUGACGUCCAAGCAGCAACUGCUAGUUUUAUGGCUGCCUGGGAAGCUGCUGCUCAACGAGCUUCAACUCUUAGGCAGGCAGUGACUUACUCUGCUGUUCCCCAACAGGUAGAGGCUACUGAAGAAGUCAAAAGAGCAACAGAAGAAUUCAUGGAAGCUUGGAGAGAAGCCGCAUCACGAGUUCCUACCAUUCAGACCACCCUAUACCAGGUUACAGGUACUACACCAUCCACUGCCGUCCCAGUAAUUGUUGGUGGUGUUCCCCAGUUCACUCCCGAAGUUGCUCACGCCACAGCCGAAUUCACGAAGGCUUGGAAUGCUGCUGCUGCAGCUGCUGCAGCAGCUCCUGAUGUCAACAUCAUAAUGGGAGCCAGUUCACACCCACAGGCACAUGCUUCUGUAUCUUAUGCUGCAGCUCCUGUACAGCAUGGACAUUACCAAGCACCAACAGCUGUGUCUUAUGCAGCUUCCCCUUCACACGGGGUACCUCAGCCUGUUAAACCAACCCCAGAAGUAGAGAGGGCUACUGCAGCAUUCAUGGCUGCUUGGAAUAGAGCUGCUGCACAGGCAACCCACAUUCAACAAACCCUGGUUAAAACCUCACCCUCUGGUGCCUAUUCAAUUGAAAUUCCCAGGCAAGUACAAGCAACAGAAGAGGUUAGGAGAGCAACAGCUGAAUUUAUGGAAGCAUGGAAUGCAGCUGCAAGACGUGCACCUGUUGUUCAACAAGCUGUUUCAUAUGUGCCACAGCAGGUACAACAAACUGCUGACGUCCAAGCAGCAACUGCUAGUUUUAUGGCUGCCUGGGAAGCUGCUGCUCAACGAGCUUCAACUCUUAGGCAGGCAGUGACUUACUCUGCUGUUCCCCAACAGGUAGAGGCUACUGAAGAAGUCAAAAGAGCAACAGAAGAAUUCAUGGAAGCUUGGAGAGAAGCCGCAUCACGAGUUCCUACCAUUCAGACCACCCUAUACCAGGUUACAGGUACUACACCAUCCGCUGCCGUCCCAGUAAUUGUUGGUGGUGUUCCCCAGUUCACUCCCGAAGUUGCUCACGCCACAGCCGAAUUCACGAAGGCAGUUGGACAUGCUGCUGCUGCAGCUGCUGCAGCAGCUCCUGAU